AUGCCAAUGUGUCGUCUCGUCUUCUUACUGACAGCUCUCUUCCAUAUUUCCCAUCAGGAGUCACAGUCAUGCUACGUAUGUGCUUCUGAGAGUUUGUCGUCACGAUGGCAAAUCACCGGUCUACCUCGAAUGCAAGACAGCUACUUCACGGAUUGUUCGGCUCAGAACCCUGGUAAACUGCAGACGGAAAGUUGUGCCGGUGGAUGCUUCACUUACAUGUUCGAGGACCCCGAUAUUCCACCAAGUCAAGGAGGAAGUGUUAUGCUGGUUGUUCGCGGCUGUCACACUGCCGUUACCUCGGUGGUCUCUAACCGGACGAGUUCUCUAGGCGGUGGGUCGUACUGUGAAUACGAUGCUACUCAUCCCAUGGCAAACAGCAAAGGAGAACAAGUCUCCGUUAGAGCUCUCACUGAAUUCUGCAGGUUUGUCUCACAUUUGCUCAACAAAAAGUGCUUUGUCUAA